AUGGGUCGAAGGAAUGUCAGGUUUCCGCACCGCUCAAACGGCGACGCGCGACGACCGAGCUUCUCAGAGAUGAGCGAUGGCCCAUCUGAUCCUGGCAGUCCAACACGGACUGGGAAUCAGGCGAAAACGGAUCCCCCGGCUGUCUCGGACUAUGAGAAGAAGAAGGCCACAUUCAUCACUCGCACAAUAUGGACGUUUGUCAUGAUUGCUGGAUUCUUCAGCGCCCUUUUGUCGGGCCACAUCUACUUGAUUGCUAUUGUGACGGCUAUUCAGAUCGUGUCCUUCAAGGAAGUCAUUGCUAUCGCCAACGUCCCUAGUAAAGAUAGGAACCUGCGCUUCACGAAAUCUCUCAACUGGUAUUUUCUGGCCACGACAAUGUACUUUCUAUACGGAGAGAGCGUGCUCUACUACUUCAAGCAUAUACUCUUGGUGGAUAAAGUGCUUCUGCCUUUUGCAACUCACCAUCGAUUCCUAAGCUUCAUGCUCUACGUUAUGGGUUUCGUUUUUUUUGUGGCUACGUUGCAAAAAGGUCACUACCGUUUCCAAUUCACCCAAUUCGCGUGGACUCAUAUGGCGCUUUACCUUAUUGUCGUCCAAGCCCAUUUCAUCAUGAACAAUAUUUUUGAGGGCAUGAUCUGGUUUUUCUUGCCAGCAUCGCUUGUCAUUACUAACGACAUUUUCGCUUACGUUUGCGGUAUCACGUUCGGACGGACACAGCUAAUCAAGCUGUCCCCGAAGAAGACUGUCGAGGGCUUUAUCGGAGCCUGGGUCUGCACCAUUAUUUUCGGCUAUUUCAUGACCAACAUCUUGGUGCGAUACAAGUACUUCAUUUGCCCCGUCACGGACCUUGGUUCCAGCAUUCUCACCGGUCUGGAAUGCACGCCGAACCCGGUCUUUAUUCCCCAGACGUACACUCUUCCCGACUGGCCCCUUUUGCCAAAAACCAUUGAUAUUGCGCCAAUGCAAUUCCACAUCCUCGUGUUUGCGACCUUUUCAUCUCUGAUCGCGCCCUUUGGAGGGUUCUUUGCGUCUGGCCUGAAGCGGACCUUUAAAAUCAAAGACUUUGGAGAAUCCAUUCCCGGACAUGGCGGCAUCACAGACCGCAUGGACUGUCAGUUUAUCAUGGGAUUUUUCUCGUUUAUGUAUUACCAUAGUUUCAUCGCCUUGCACAAGGCGAGCGUUGGAGAUGUCAUUGAGACUGCCAUUACCGGAUUGACACCGGAAGAGCAGUAUGAAGUUGUCCGUGGUCUCGGCAAGUACCUGUACAACCAGGGUAUCGUCUCGGAAAAUAUUCUUGAAUGUCUUAAUGGUGAUCUUCUGAGACGAUAG